AUUCGAGGGGCGUUCCGGGGUGGGACGCAGUAGAUUCCCUUGCUGCCCACCUACCCGCAUUAAACCGCACCAUCACGGCCUUGUCAGCCAAGGAGGAGGCGGACAUAGUUCGCCUGUACGCGGCUUUACAUGCGAUGGAUCGGAAACCUUCAAGGUACACCCAGAAGGCAAAGAAGAAAUCGCAUGCGUCAGGAGGACCAUGGAGAGCGCCGAGGAAGCCGAGUGGCUCUGCUCUUGGACAGCAGGCGGCAGAGAGGCUGUACAUGACUCAUGGCCAAGCAGCCCAGGACCCCGAAGUUCACAGGGUCUGUGAGUGUGUCUGCCUCAGACUCUUAAAAGAGUUUGAGCAGUCACGCAACAGGCCAAAGGACACAAAGGGGAAAACAAUGCCCAUCCCUCAGUCCAUUGUAAGCGUGUACAGCCACAUCAAACAGCUGCUGGAGGACAGCAGGGUUGUCUGUGAUGACACAGACCUGGUUCUGGUGCCAGUAAACAACACCACAGUCUCUUCAUGGCUGCUUAGGAGGGAUAAAAGGAAGGACAGGGACAUGCUGCUGCAAGGCACUGUACUGCCCAAACAGGUGCACCUGGCAGAGGAGCCUCUCCCUGCUCUGAACACCCUUCCGGCUGCCCCUGUGCAACAUGCACAUGGGGCAAUGACAUUUGAGGAGCCUGAAAAUCAUGAGGGGGAAGCUUUCCCCCGCCAGCGCACUCUAACGGCGAACAAGCCUCCGCCAUCUCCACCUCCCCAGUUCCCUCCACAAUUUGGGCCACUUCCUCCAUUUCCUCAUCUUCCCCCAUAUCCGCACUUUCCAUUUCCAUAUCCUCAUGCACCUCCACUUCCUCAUGCUCCUCCAUUUUACAUUUCUACUCCAUAUCCUCAUGCUCCUCCAUAUGCUCCUCCAUAUCCUCAUGCUCCUCCAUAUGCUCCUCCAUAUCCUCAUGCUCCUCCAUUUCAUGCUCCUCCACUUCCUCAAGCUCCUCCAUUUCCUAAUUCCCUAUCUCCUGAUGCUCCUCCAUCCCAGCCAAGGCAACGCGCCUGGAGGCUCAAUAAAGCUGCCCAGGAGGAUGAGGAGCUUACGUCAAGGGGGGAUCCGGCACGGAAGAGGCUGAGAAAAGAAAACUACCACUAUACCUGCAAGGGGUGCGGUCAGGCCAAAAAUAAGGUCACUGGACACACCCAGCUGAAGGGGCGGUGGUAUUGUCCUGCCUCAGGAAUGACCCUGGAAGAGUGGAGGAAUAGUGUGUAGUUGCUGUCUUUCUGUCUGUCUCUCUCUCUGUUGUUUGUCUCUGUCUCUCUGUCUGUCUCUCUGUUGUUCGUCUCUGUCGUUAAAAUAAAGUAUAAUAAUUGUAUUUGAGCCAAGAACAGCCUUCACGUCUUUAUUUCAUUUCCUCUUGAAUAC